UUAUAAUUUGUGCAUUAUCAGAAAGUGAUACCAAAAAAGGUAACAGUCAAAGAUGCCUAAUGAAAAACAAUGAAACCACCAAUUAAAACUUAUACAAAAAGAGUUGACUUAUUUUGCCCUUAUACCCAAACUAAAUAGCACAGCAAUCAUGCACAUUGACUGCAAACCUACCAUCAUGCAAAUUAAAGAUUAAGAGAUGAAACACUGACAGUUAAAUAAUACUGCAUCACAUCAGUGUAUAGAAAUGACCUAAAUCAAGAAUUUCUGGAUGCAACUGGCAUAAAUAGGUAAAUAGGUACUUCCCUUAGUUUGAGUGUGUGCAAGCAGACUUUUAAACCUCAGCUGAUCAUAUCCUGGUAAACAUUAAACACAACACAGUAAACAUCAGUAAACAGUUUAUGUAACAGCUGAAAUGAGGUAGUCAUCUCCGGGUCUGCCUCCUGUUUUCUAUCAAUGCCUGCUAUUGAUCCAGACAACAGUUGAUAGCUGUGAUGGAGCCUUAUCUGCAGAAGUCCUUUAUGUUUUCAGCCAGACUUUGGCUUGAUUAAUCCUUUCACUCACCCAGGUAAAGCAUGUUUUUGAUCUGCUUCUCACUUCCAUUGAACACGUACAGCUGUACUAUUAAAGCAUAUCUUAGAAAAAUAUCAUCUAUAGGACUACAAACUGACUCCUAAGUCCCCAUGAUUUUAGAAAUAUCACAGUGCGAGGGCUGUAUACAAAGUUGUUGAGGGCUGGUUGGCAGAGUUGUAGACAAGACCAAUGGCCAAUAGGGGGCUCUCUGUGAAGACAGCCUGGGUAUAUAAACUUGGAGUUUCUUUUAAGUGGUCACUUAAAUCUGGAGGGUUGAAGUAGGAUUUUGCUGCUCACAGCGAAGGAGAGGUACAGAGCUUUGUAUUUUACCUGUGUAGCUUUUAGCAUAUGCCUGUAAUUUACUUAGCAGCAUUAAAAACAUAUUGGAAAAAUUUAAUUAAGACAACAGAUAUACAGAAAUCCAGGACUGUGCUGUUUACUUGCUUAUUUCAUUUCCAUGAGACCUAUACAACUACGUCUGCAACUACUUUUAUCUUACUGGUAGAACAGAUUGUGAGUGGGUGCAUGUACAGUAUAUGUGUGACACACACAGAGGUUGGCUGUGCGAGCUGAUUUGUUUAUUGUUUGUCUGGCAGCUCUUUUGUGUUUUGGAUGCACCAAAGUAAUUGAGGAGGAAAGUUGCAGUUGAAUGGGCCUGAGAGGACAUUUAGGGGGAGAGAGAGUGAGAGGGUACAUAGGAUGAGGGGGCAGUGAGUGAACCCUGUUUGUCUUCAGUCCAGUUUGGACCAGUUUGAACCACAGCACAUAGUCUGUGAUGCCACCUUGGAUGCUUUGGAUGCUUCUGCAGUUAGUAGUGCUUAUAAUAUGAUGUAAUAUCUGCCCCAGCAGCAGAGUGAUGCAGUGAUCUUUGUGCAGGAGAGUUAAUAUUUUGCCAUUAUUGUUACUAUUAGUUUAGUUUUAAUUUUUUUAGAGCAAUUGUCAUUACCUCUCCCCAUGUACAAUUAGAAGGGAGGUUUUCAGUUAAAAACAAUUAACUUUAGUCUCUAUAAUUCAUGCAGUACACUGAUAUAUAUUUAGUUCAGUUCAAAUUUAAGUGGCUUUACCUAGUUAUGGAUAAAGAAUGGACUCUUCCUGCCCUUCAGUGACGUCAGUGAUAGGCUAACUAUAAAAUCUCCCUCCUCCUCUUGUGUCUUUCUUUUCACAGAUAAGGGAUCAGUGAUCCUUCAUCCUGAGAGUCAAUCAGAGAGGCUCUCUCAGCGCUCCCAGCUUGCUGUUUUCUCUCCUCUCUGGUGGUUUUUCACCCUUUCUCCAUCUGCCUCCUGUGCUUCUACAUUCUUCUCUGCCUUUCAUUUCUUCCCCACAACCAUGGCUCCAACUCUGGCUACAGCAUUUUCCAGGCGCUGGUGGAUGGCAGUGACUGCUAUCAUUGAGAAUCUGCUGUUCUCCGCUGUGCUGCUGGGAUGGGGGUCGCUCCUCAUCAUGCUCAAGUCAGAAGGCUUCUACUCCUACCUUUGCAAAGAAGAGGGUAACAGUUCCAGCUAUAAUUUGUCCCAACCCGUGGCAAUACCAACACCUGAUGAAUAUACCGACUACUAUGAAACCGAGGGUCAUGUGGUUGGUCUGGGAGAUGGAGUGGAGAUGAGGCCCCUUGUCCCUGUUGAUGCGCCCCUGAGGAUGAACGGCUGGCUGAUCUGUAAAGAACAGGAUGAGAUGCUGAACCUGGCGUUCACAGUGGGCUCCUUCCUGCUCUCAGCCAUCACACUACCACUGGGGAUCAUCAUGGAUAAAUAUGGCCCUCGCAAGCUACGACUGCUCGGCAGCAUGUGCUUUGGAUUGUCCUGUCUACUGAUUGCGUAUGGAGCCUACCAACCAAAUGAACUCUCUGUUCUUAUCUUCAUUGCCCUGACUUUCAAUGGCUUUGGGGGCAUGUGCAUGACCUUCACCUCUCUCACACUGCCUAACAUGUUCGGAAACCUCCGUUCUACCUUCAUCGCCCUCAUGAUUGGCUCCUAUGCCUCCUCUGCUGUCACCUUCCCUGGUGUCAAGGUUAUAUAUGACCUUGGCAUAUCUUUCAUCACUAUUCUGGUGGUGUGGGCUGCCUGUGCUGGAUUGGUCUUCCUGAACUGCUUCUUGAACUGGCCACUGGAACCAUUCCCAGGACCAGAGGACAUGGACUACACUGUGAAGAUCAAGUUCAGCUGGCUUGGGUUUGACCACAAAAUCACAGGGAAGCAGUUUUAUCGCCAAGUGACCACCGUGGGCCGCCGUCUCAGUGUGGGCAACAGCCUGCAACAGAAGGAUCUGCCUACUAAGGAUGGCAACAUGCUCUGCCUCUCCACCAUGGAUCUGGAAGUGGAGUGCAAGCCAGAAGAAGAGUCCCAGUCGUUCUUGAAAAGUAUCAUCAGCCCAAUCUUCCUUCUCAGUCUGGUGACCAUGUCCGUCACUCAGCUUCGCCUCUUGUUUUACAUGGGGGCCAUGAACAGUGUCUUAGAGUCACUCAGUGAUGGAGACCUCAACACAGUGGAGAGAAUGGAAGUUGUGAGCCUUUACUCCUCCAUCUUUGGCGUGCUGCAGCUGCUUUGCCUGAUGACCACUCCUGUGAUUGGUCAGAUCAUGGACUGGAAGCUGAAGGACUGUGAUGAUGGCAAGGAAGAAAAGGAACCCUGCAGCAAGGGUGAGCCGAAGAAAAAGCGCAGAGACCGGAAGACCCAGAAGGUGACCAAUGCCUUGCGAGCAUUCGUCCUCACAAACCUCCUUUUGGUGGGAUUUGGUAUCACUUGCUUAGUGCCUAAUCUCCCCCUGCAGAUUGUAUCAUUUGUCUUGCACACUGUGGUGAGAGGAUUCCUCCACUCUGCUGUCGGUGGCCUCUAUGCUGCUGUGUAUCCAUCCUGCCAGUUUGGCAGUCUAACAGGCAUGCAGUCUCUGGUCAGUGCUGUGUUUGCUCUGCUGCAGCAACCCCUGUUUCUGGCUAUGAUGGGACCCCUGGGGGGAGAUCCACUCUGGGUCAAUGUUGGACUUCUUGUUCUCAGUAUGCUGGGCUUCUUGCUGCCUCUCUACCUGAUCUGCUACAAACGGACGCUCCUCAGAGAGCAACAACAGAAGGAAGAAAAUGCUAAGAUCUACAUCAAAAUUAAUGGCUCCGACAUCCCUGAGGCCUUUGUCUAGAGGAACAUAAAUGGAAAGUAACAGAGAAUGGAUAAACUGAUUCAGUUGUUGUCACUGAAAUGGGUCCAUGGAGUAGUCGCUGAGGGGACAAAUGAAACAUGGAGGGGCAUGAAAGAACAAGAAAGAGGAAAGACUGUGAAAGGAAACAGGCAUCAUCCCUCUGCAUUCCCCCAAGUCCUAUGACUUCUCCCUCUCUGAGCGACACAUAAGAUUGCUCUACUAUGCCCCAUAUGGGCAGAAAAAGGAAAAAGAGAGCUUGUCCAGCCCAUGAGCUUCAACCAUUUAAACCAGCAAGACUGCUAACUGUAAACCAGUGAUUCAGUUAUAUGACUCAUGUUUUCUCUAAUGUGUUGACUUUAAAUCAAUCUGAUUGUAAAAUCCAUGGUGCUAUCUAUCGAUUCAUCAGCUGUUUUUUGUUUUUGUUUGUUUGGCUGAUGGUUUCUGACUGAAGGCAAGGUAAGUGGAUUAAAUGGCAGGGAGGAGAAAAGUCCCUUAGUGCUGAUGUUUCUUAGGUGAGUAGAAAAGACAUUAUGAUUAGGUCAUUAUGAUUAAUUAUAGGGCUGGAAUUUUUUUUUUUUUUUUGCAAGACAACAUCUUAUGUUACAGUAUAAAAAUACUGUAGCUUAGAAUCUACUUUGACUGAAUGAAUGUUAGUGUUUUGUGAGGCUAUAUUCUGUAAGUGGGACAUCAACCAACCUGGGGUAUAUGUUUUUUAAAUGCAAAAUGUCCAUGUAUGUUAAGGUUAUUUAUUUUACAGUAAUUUCCUGAUUUGUUUCAUUUCCUUUUUAUACUCUCAGUUAAUCUGGGGCCCUUUUCAAUAUAUUCAAUAUAUGAAAGAAAUGAUUAGUUCAUGGGGCAGCAUGUUCUAUUAAAUUUUACAUACAUCAGUGAAAAUGAUAUUAUACUGUGGGUAACAUUUAAAUAUCCUCAAGGCUCCCAUAAAGGUUCAUGGUUAUGAUCGACAUAUAUUAGAUUAAAGUCAAUGUUUCAUCCAGUCUAACCACUGUUCAUAGAAAAACAGCACUUUACACCCUGUUAACUCCUUGCUAUGUCACACGCAUCACACAUCAGCUCAUGUCAGCACUUCUCACCCGAUGCCUCUCUUCAAAAAUAGCCCCACUUUUAUUUUGAGCUCCUCCUACCUUCAUAUGUGUAUUUAUUUUAUUUUAUGCUCAUACUUCCAUCAUAAAUUUCAUGAUGUAGCCUAUUUAAAUUUUACUGUGCUGGCAACUACAUGUGUUCAUUAUAUACUGUGUUGCUCACAUAACAGUAGUGCUCUUUCUUCUAUAAUUGAAGACAAUGUAGGGCUGUGUUGUUAUGCAGGUAUUACUGUUUAAUAUGGAAGAAGUUGUGGGUGUUAAUAAAAAUGUGUUGCUCUCUUUAAAUGCUUGUUUUUUCACUGGUCACCAAUCUACUCUGCUCUGCCAUGUGACACCACACUCCCACGGACCAUUAUUACUUGACACCUCAGCCUCUUUAGAGAUCUGCCAGAAUAUCACUCACAUCAGAGACAGUGGCUCCUCCACGAAGCUCAGCUGCUGGCACAGUGCUGCUGUUGUUGGUGAGGCAACUGUUUGUUGACUGGCCAACUGACCCCUGUGGUUUGCCCAAAGAAGCACAGUGAGACCACUGGCUUUUAAAUUCUGUGUAAAACAAAUAAAGGACAUUCAAUUCAUGUUCUUUUGAGCAAUUUGACCACAGAUUUCUAUAUAUUUCAUCCAAUAAAAGUCAAGUUAGAAACUAUAAUGUAAGGCCACAGUUGUUAGAAGGCAUUAAAUCCGACUGAACUCAAGCUGACAACCCUUAGUGGAUUGUCCUGUUCUAUAAAUUGAUAGAUAUGCGGAUACAGAUGUGCCAUAAAUACAGCAGCAGUGCUCUGUUACCUAAUUUUAGACUCACACACUCACACUCACAUCCCGUGAUCCUCGGGACAUGUGACUGGAUCAGGGACCUGUGAUGCCUUGUCAUCUCAUCACGCACCAACACCAUCCAAUAGACCCAUGGGUGGUGGACCUGUGUGUAGUCAGGGGACCCCCAAAGGUAUCUGAGAAGAUUACAGAUCAAUCUGUAAUCUCUAUGUGGAUAUAACUACUGCUUUUCUCCAUGAUUUCAUCUUAUAAUUAACAUUUGGAAUUGGAACUAAGCCAUGAGAGAUGUAGCCUAUUUAAAAGUCGCUGUGAUGCUGUUGCCUCUUCAGUCAUCAGUGACAGAUACCCAGUGAGUGGGGGUGGGCUCUCCAGUGGCAUGUACUGUAAUCACAUUGUAUGUGCGGGCUUUGCUUUACAGGGUUUAAAGAGCUGACGCACUGUGCCUCUGUACCAGCGGUGGUGGUCCCCGUAUCAUGCCCAUUUUUAUAGCUUGAAGGUGAAUAACCACGCCGCUACGUCACUGUAACUGUGAUGACGC